AUGUUAUGUAAACGCCAUAUAGCAGUUUAAAUUACGUUUGGUUUUCGUAAUUAUAUUGUUAAGUCGGUAUUUUAUUGUCAGCUGUUUGUUUGUCCGUGUGAAGUGGCGCAGCGCAGCGCGUUUUAGAAGCAGAGUAGCUAAAUGUGUUUGGAUCCGUGCCUGUUUGACACAACUGAGCUCAGAUCGACAUAUCAUUCUAACGUGUUUUUGUUUUAAUAACUGUAGAAGCUUAUUGUAGCGCAUCAUGAACUGUCGAUCAGAAGUCCUGGAGGUGUCGGUGGAGGGCAGGCAGGUGGACGAGGCCAUGCUGGCCCUCCUGCACACCAUCCUCCUGCACCGCAGCACAGGUAAAUUUCACUAUAAGAAAGAGGGCACGUACUCCAUCGGCACGGUGGGAACUCAAGACGUGGACUGCGACUUCAUCGACUUCACAUUCGUGCGAGUGUCGUCUGAUGAGCUUGACAGGGUUAUCAGGAAAGCAGUAGCCGAGUUUAAGGAUGCUCUUGGUAAUUCUGGGAGUGAUGGCAUGGGUCAGAUCUCUUUGGAGUUCUACCAGAAGAAGAAGUCACGCUGGCCCUUUUCAGACGAAUGCAUCCCCUGGGAGGUCUGGAGCAUCAAGGUGAACGUGGUGAACCUGGCCAACGAACAGGAGCGUCAGAUCUGCAGGGAGAAGGUUGGCGAGAAGCUCGGCGAGAAAGUCAUCAACAUCGUGGAGGUCAUUAACCGUCAUGAGUAUCUUCCCAAGAUGCCCACACAGUCAGAGGUGGACAAUGUGUUCGAUACGAGUUUGAAAGACGUUCAACCGUAUCUGUACAAGAUCACAUUCCAGAUCACUGAUUCUCUGGGCACGUCAGUGAGCACUACCAUGAGGAGGCUGAUCAAAGACACGCUGGCAUUGUAAA